UUGUCAUGCAACAAAAUUUCUUGUUUCUUCCUUUUCUUUCUUUUGAGAACCCUUCCACACAUUUUUCUAGGUUAGGGUUUUCAAUCAAAUUGAAAGGAAAAAGGUACACAACGGUGUAAAUUAACGUUGUGUUUCCGGCAUUGUAGUGAUUUAACGAAGAAAUUAACAACCUUAUUUGCCGGAACACAACGCAAAAGGAAAAUUACAAUGUCUCGCAACUCUUCACCUGAUAACGCAACACCUGAUAAUGCUACUCCUGAUGAUGCUGAUGGAUCAUCUUCACGGUCACAGCAAAAAUCAUCGCCUUCUGGAGAAGGAAACCAAUCAUCAUCACAUAAGGGAGGUUCAUCAAAUAAUAAUAAAUCUUCCAAUGGCAAUAACAACAAGGGUGAUGAGAGAACCGUAAUAGUUGGAGCUGCUAUUGCAUCUGCAUUAUUCGUUCUUCUCUUUGUUGCUAUCUGUUUCCUUUGUUGUAGGAAGAAGAGAAAAAAUAAUUACUAUUAUGGUCCUGGUCCUCAUGGAGAUCCUUCCCUUUCAAAAGGGAGUAGUUAUUACCACAGUGGACCACAUCCUCAUCCAAAUUGGCAAGGAGGUCCAGGUCCAGCUCCACAUGGAAUGGAACAUGUAGUUAGAAUUCAGCAUACACCAAAUGGAAGUGGAGUUUGGGGUUCACCGCAUCCUAUGAUGCAUAGCGGCGAAAUGAGUGGAAACUAUUCGUUUGGAAUGGGUCCGCCGGGCGCUUUACCUCCUCCUUCUCCAGGCCUAUCUCUUACUCUCAAGGGUGGUACAUUCUCUUAUGAGGAAUUGGCGUCGGCUACUAAAGGUUUCGCUAAUGAGAAUAUUAUAGGGCAAGGUGGUUUUGGUUAUGUUCAUAAGGGAAUAUUGCCUAAUGGAAAGGAAAUUGCUGUCAAAAGUUUGAAAUCGGGUAGUGGACAAGGCGAACGUGAGUUCCAAGCUGAGAUUGAUAUUAUUAGUCGUGUUCACCAUCGUCAUCUUGUUUCUCUUGUUGGAUAUUGUGUUUGUGGUGGACAAAGAAUGUUGGUCUAUGAAUUUGUUCCUAAUCAAACUUUGGAAUAUCACCUUCAUGGAAAGGGUGUGCCUACCAUGGAUUGGCCUACUAGAAUGAAAAUUGCACUAGGAUCUGCUAGAGGGCUUGCUUACCUUCAUGAAGAUUGUAGUCCUCGCAUUAUCCACCGUGAUAUUAAGGCUUCUAAUGUUCUAAUCGAUGAUAGCUUCGAAGCCAAGGUGGCUGAUUUUGGAUUGGCUAAGUUGACUAAUGAUACUAACACGCACGUCUCAACUCGUGUUAUGGGAACAUUCGGGUACAUGGCACCAGAAUAUGCGUCUAGUGGAAAAUUGACAGAGAAAUCUGAUGUUUUCUCAUUUGGGGUCAUGCUACUAGAACUCUUAACCGGGAAGAGACCUUUGGAUUUAAGCAAUGCCAUGGAUGAAAGUUUAGUUGACUGGGCUCGACCACUCUUGAGUCAAGCAUUGGAAGAGGAUGGAAACUUCACAGAGUUGGUGGACCCAUUUUUGGAAGGAAACUACAACAAUCAAGAAAUGAUAAGAAUGGCAGCUUGUGCUUCUAGUAGCAUUCGUCAUUCCGCUAAGAAGCGUUCAAAAAUGAGUCAGAUAGUAAGAGCAUUAGAAGGAGAUGUGUCACUAGAAGAUUUGAAGGAAGGGAUAAUGAAAACUCCAUGCCAUAGCAGUGUUUAUACUUCUUCAGGCUCAGAGUAUGAUACAAUCCAAUACAAUGCAGAUAUGAUGAAGUUUAGACAAGCAAUAAUGUCAAGUCAAGAAUUUGCUACCGGCGAAAUCACUAGUAAGGAGAUGGGUCAUCACUAGAAACAUGAGGCAACAAUUCUUGUGUUGGUUCUUGUGGGGGGAUGUGUGGAUAUGAAGUGUGGUGUCUUAUUAUAGAAAAUGGGCAAUGAGUGUGUUAGUUUUGGAGCAAUGUUGAGAACUUUGGAGUGUUUGAGAUUCACAUUUACAAAAUGCAAUUUAAUACAAAUUGAUUUUAUUCAUUAA